AUGAGUAUCAAGUUGGGCAGCGCGGAAAAGACGCGAUGGAGACACGCGGGGACCACAGAGUCGCAAGGAGGCGUUUUUAUCGUGCAGAAAGAUGAAGAAGAAAAAAAAUUCCCCGACGUGGUCCGGAAUUACGGAGUGCGUAACGGCCCGUCGCAUCCUGUCCAGUCACUUGACACGGUGGACAAAGUACUGUGCGUCAUACGAAUCAGAGCGGCCGAGCAUGAGGAGCCGGCUGGAACAGCGUCGCAUCACAUCAUUACCAACAGCUUGUUCAAGGCCCGACACAAGGCCAUCAAACCGACGGGGUUUACGGGGUACUUGAACAACUCUACCAUGCCCAAAACAUGGGCACUCUGGCCCGUCAGAUGCACUUCUCAUCCUCUCGUAUGA